GCGGAAGUACUUCAGCGUGUGUGAAUGCAGUAUGGCGUUCAGGGUCGCUAACACCAUGUUUUCUGUGAAUCUUGUGCGGAGGCUCCGACCCUGCGUCGCUCCGCAGUCCCUCAGAAACACGCCCGGACCGGCGGCGACGUCCUGCGGGUCGGGGAGCCCGAGAAGGUCCUUCCUCAACCAGGUGCAGUCCCACUGUCCGUCCACCUGUUGUUUCUCCACCGUGAGCCACUCUGAGGAUGGGAACCUCAUCUACACUGGCAGCCUGGCCACUGCUGUACGUGGGGUGAAACUGUUUUCAUACAGCACCAGCGGGGCCAGCCUCUUCUUCAUGCCCUACACCCUCCUGAAGACCGGACUAGUGGUCCAGAGCUUUGCCAUGAAGGCCACUUUCUGUGGAGUCAUUGGAUUCUUCACCUUCCUCACACCUACCCUCCUCCACUUCAUCACCAAGGGCUACGUGAUCCGCCUGUACCACAACCCAGACAGAGACACCUACACAGCCAUCACCUACAGUGUAUUCCUCACAGAGAAAAAGAGUGUGUUUCAUCAGAGGCAGGUUAGGAUCCCAGCUAUCAGCAAGAUGUUCACCACCUUCUAUGCUGACAGAAUGGGGCUCCUGGUGAACCCGGACCUGUUCCCCAUUCCACAGGACUAUAACCACCUGAUGGGCUACGAUAAGCCCUUCAGCUUUGACACGGACCAAAUCAAUAAACCUAAUGAGAGCUGACCUGCCAACAGGUUGAAUGUGGUGUUGGUAUAUGAAUUGUAUCCACAAGUCCAAUCAACAGUACUCACGUUCACAUUUCAUGGAGCACAUAGCAAUGCUUUCUCAAAACAGAUUUUUUUGUCAAUAUUUUGAUUGAUCUUUUAUGUUAAUAAAUGUACCUGUUGAAAA